CAGGAUACUAUCGGAGACCCUUGUUCGACUUUAUACCCUAGCCGGCCAAGUAAAAAAGGCAAUGGUGCCGCCGUGGACCCACGACGUCGAGGAGGCGAUGGCGGACGCGGAGGAGGAAGACGUCGAGGAGCCCCUCGACUGCGGCAUCUGCUUCCUCCCACUCGAGGCGCCGCCGAUCUUCAUGUGCGAAGCUGGGCACCUGAUCUGCUCGCCCUGCCGCGACAUGCUCGGGCUGGCGGUGGGGACGUGCCACGUCUGCAGCGCCAAGGCCGCCCGCCUCGGCUCUCGCCGGAACCUCGGCCGCGACGUCUGGCCGCUCUACUACGAGUCCCGCGACCGCAGCGGCGCGCUCCGCGGGCCGUGCCGCUGCCCAGGCGACGCCUGCGGUUUCGUCGACAGCACGGCCGCGCUCCUCUGCCACUUCGUCAGCGCUCACGACUGGCCGGUCCACGCCGGGCUGUCCUCCGGGGACAGCAUCGCCGUCCGCCUGCAGGACGGCUUCAACAUCGUUGCCGUCGACUGCAUCGGCGGCGCCUCCGAGCAAGACCGCCUGGAAUUCCCCGGACGGUAUCUGCUCGUGCUGGAGAUGAUCCAGCAGACAUUCGGCCGCACGGUCUUCGCGUUCUGCCUACGUCCCGGCGCCGCCUUCUGGGAGAAGGAGGCGCAGUGCCGCCUCAGCCUCUCCUACUCGCGCAACAUCCUCGACGGUGACGAUGACAAGCCGCCGGUUCAGUGCUACUACCAGACAACCAAGGCCGGCGUGACGUGCACCGAUCUCUCCAGCGGGCUGCCCGACCCCGAGGACUGCUUCCAGGCUCACGUGUUCCGCUCCGUCGACCUGGAGGACAACGAGGACACCGUCGAGGUGACGCUCAGGAUUAUCAUCAACUGAUCCCGGGAGGUUGCAACAGGUGACAUUGUUUGUGCUAUAUUUGAUUGAUAUGAAAUAUGUUGGGUGUUUGGUUUGUUAUCUUACACAUCUGCCGAAAAUGUAGUAUGAUGCGGUUAGAUGUUAUAUACUCUUUAUACUUGAGCAUGUUAUGUCACUAUAGUUGGAAUGUUUGUACUUGAGCAUGUUAUGUCACUAUAGUUGGAAUGUUUGUGGUGUUCAUACAAUCA